ACACCUUUGUCCCCUGCCUCCUCCUUCCCUCUUCACAGUCUUACCCACAUAGAGCUACUCCACCCCUGUUGGACUGUAGCGUGACAUCCCUGCCUGCCUGAGGGAGGAAUGAGAAGGGGAAACUACACUGCAGACAAGUGACACCCAGAAGCCAGGAGCUUCUGUAAGUACCAGGUCUGCACAAGACCCAGGUCAGCGCAAUGGCAAUGACGCUGGAGGAAUUCGUUCACUCCCUUGACCUCAGGACCCUUCCCAGGGUUCUAGAAGUCCAGUCGGGCAUCUAUUUUGAAGGUUCCAUUUAUGAAAUGUUUGGAAAUGAAUGCUGUUUAUCAACAGGAGAAGUAAUUAAAAUUAUUGGUCUCAAAAUUAAGAAGAUCAUAGCUGAAAUUUGUGAGCACAUCGAGGGUUGUGAACGUCCACAACCAUUUGAGCUGCCUAUGAAUUUUCCAGGUCUUUUUAAGAUUGUGGCUGAUAAAACUCCAUACCUUACUAUGGAAGAAAUUACAAGGACCAUUCAUAUUGGAUCAAGUAGACUAGGGCAUCCUUCCUUCUAUCAUCAGAAGGAUGUAAAACUAGAAAAUCUCAUUAUAAAGCAUGGUGAGCAAAUCAUGCUCAACUCAGUUGAAGAGAUCAAUGGAGAAAUAAUGGUGAACUGUGGAGUGGUAAGGAAUCAUCAGAAUCACUCAUUUACCUUGCCUUUGUCACAAGAAGGAGAAUUCUAUGAGUGUGAAGAUGAACAUAUUUAUACCCUAAAGGAGAUUGUCGAAUGGAAGAUACCCAAGAACCGAACACGAACUGUGAAACUUACAGGUUUUUCAAAUAAAUGGGAUUUAACAAAUCCAUUUCCUAAAGGCUUUUACGGUGCUCUGAUUCUCAAGCCUGUUUAUGAAAUUCAAGCUGUGAUGAAAUUCCGAAAGGACAUAGUCCGCAUCCUCCCCAGUUUAGAUGUUGAAGUCAAAGACAUUACUGACAGUUAUGAUGCCAACUGGUUUCUUCAGCUAUUAUCUACACAAGAGCUCUUUGAAAUGACCAGUAAAGAGUUCCCCAUAGUGGCUGAAGUCAUAGAGGCACCUCAAGGAAACCAUCUGCCCAGAAGCAUUUUACAGCCUGGGAAAACCAUUGUGAUCCACAAAAAGUAUCAGGCAUCGAGGAUCUUAGCUUCAGAAAUUCGAAGCAAUUUUCCUAAAAGGCACUUCUUGAUCCCCACUAGCUAUAAAGGCAAAUUCAAGCGGCGACCUCGGGAGUUCCCAACUGCCUAUGACCUUGAGAUAGCAAAGAGCGAAAAGGAGCCUCUCCAUGUGGUGGCCACCAAAGCCUUUCAUCCCCCUCAUGAUGAGCUGUCAUCUGUAUCUGUCGGGGACCAGUUUCUAGUGCAUCACUCACAGACAACUGAAGUCCUUUGUGAGGGAAUCAAAAAAGUGGUGAAUGUUCUGGCCUGUGAAAAAAUCCUCAAAAAAUCCUAUGAGGCAGCACUGCUCCCUUUAUACAUGGAAGGAGGUUUUGUAGAGCUGAUUCAUGACAAGAAACAGUACCAGAUUUCUGAGCUCUGUUCGCAGUUCCACUUGCCUUUCAAUGUGAAGGUAUCUGUGAGAGAUCUUUCCAUUGACGAAGACAUUUUGGCUGCUACACCAGGACUGCGGUUGGAGGAAGCCAUCACAGACUCUUACCUACUCAUAAGUGACUUUGCCAACCCCAAGGAGUGCUGGGAAAUUCCUGUCAGCCGCUUAAAUAUGACUGUUCAGUUAGUUAAUAGUUUUCCUAAGGACACAAAAUCAUUUCUAGUCAGGACUCUGGUUGAAGAGAUCACUGAAGAACAAUAUUACAUGAUGCGAAGAUAUGAAAGCUCUUUCUCCCACCCCCCACCUCGCCCUCCCAAACACCCCGCAGUGGAGGAAACAAGGUUAACCCUGCUCACCUUGGCAGAAGACAGGGCUGUAGGUCUGCCUAAGUCUCCCAAGAGUCUCCAUGUAGACAAGAAACUGCACUCAAAUCAAGCUGGCCUGGAUUCAAAAGUACCAGUUGGUUGUCAAAAUGAUCCGGCCGAUCUGGAGAAAGAGAAAAGCAAGAGUGGGGCAACUGUUGUAGCAGCCACCAAUGUAACCACAGAAAUCUCCAAAAGUAAAAAACAUCAAAAGUAAUGAGAUGCAACUGAAGCCACCUGGGCAGUGAACAUAAAUGUUGCAAUGGAAAAGUAAGCUUAGCCUUCAAGCCGAAAACAACUAUUCCCCAACAGACUUCAGAAGAAACUUGACUGGCCAUGGCAAAGGAAAAACACAACCUUAAAAGUUUUAACAGAUAAUACUCAAAGAGAAACCUAUGAUAUGGAAUUCACAUAAUCUAUUCUGUUGUGCCAAAAUCUGUAUAUAUGGUUUUAUUGUUAUUUAGGACAUAUUUAUUUAAUGUGCACACACUUUCUGUGAUUCCUAUUUCCCCUGCCAACCAUGAAUCAAUUGAAAAUGAAUUUUAUAUUUCAGUUUCUAGGUGAACCAGUUGAAAAUAGGUUGAAAGCCCACCAAAUAUUUUCAGUGUUUCAGAAUUUGGUUUCUUUCUAGAAUUUUUCUAGAAUUAUCAUCAUUCCUGCUAAAAAUAACUUAAAAAAUAAUUAUAUCUGAGGGUGAUUUAAAAUACCCAAGUUUCUUAUCUGAUUCCCUGGGAGCUGUGAAAAUGAAUUUGACUGCCCAUUUUCAGUUUGUUUAUAAAUAAGUAUGUUUAAGGCUUAGCCCCCAAAGCUAUCAUGAGUCACAGGAAUUUUCUAUAACUUUCUCCCCUGCCUCCUAACAACCAGAGUUCAUGACUACGAUAUCACCAAAGAUCAGAUAAUAUGCUUUAUUAUUUUAUGUACUGUAUACUAGAUAACCCUUUAGAUGAAUGCUUGUUAGGAUUAUAGUGAAGCCAUUUCAUUUAUGUAUCAUUAUGUACUGAGUAUACAGGGACAUAUUAUUUUGCCUCUAAUAAAAUGAAGAGACAGAGAAGUUAUCUUGUUAGUUACACAGGAAUUUAAUGGCAAGCUUUGGACUUUGUUCAUAGGUCAUACUCUAUACAAAAACUGUUAGUUAAUCUCCUAUAUCAUAAUUGUUUUCUAUUGGGUAUAGCAAUUAUUCAUUGCUUUAGUACCAAGGAGUCUCUGAAGACAACAAAUCAUGAAACAUCUCUUCAACAGAAAAAAAAAAAAAAAAACCUACAGUAAGAGAUCUUUUGCACAAUGCUUUAUUGAUAAACUGGUAUAGCUUACUUCUUCUUACCUUUUUUUUUCUUUUUAAGUGGAACUGAAUCCUGAUUUCCAAUACCCUAAAGACUGUUUUAGUGACUUCAUGGGAUGCUACAGUUGGUUAUUUACAACUUCUGAAAUUUUCUGAGAAGGUUUCACUUUUAUUUAUGUUGCUGGUUUAUGCCCAUAAGAACAAGAACUUUGCAAAAAGCUUUAUGUCCUCACCUUUGAUUAUUAAAUUCCACAGAAA